GCUGAUCAGAGGGAAAUGCAAGUGCCGGGCACUGAUGAUCAGUGCCCUGAUGAUCGGUGCCCAGCAGUGCUACCCGCAAGUUCCGCCCACCUGUGCCCAGCAGUGCGCCCACUAGCUCUGCCCACCUGUGCCCAGCAGUGCACCCACCUGUGCCCAGCAGUGCACCCACCUGUGCCACUCUGCAGUGUCACACACCUGUGCCCAGAAGUGCCACCUACCUGUGCCCAGCAGUGCCACCCACCUGUGCCCACCCACCUGUGCCCACCAGUGCCACCCACCUGUGCUGCCCACCAGUGCCACCCACCAGUGCAGCCCAGCAGUGCUGCCAGUCAGUGCCACCAGUCAGUGCCCAGGGGUUGUGCCAGUCAGUGCCGCCAGUCAGUGCCCAGCAGUGAUGCCAGUCAGUGCCAUCUAUCAGUACCCAUCAUCAGUGUCACCUAUCAGUGCCGCCUAUCAGUG